AUGGCUCUCGUAGUGUGGGUUUGUUUCUGCUCAUUGUUUGGUGCGGCGUUAUCAUGCGAGGCCUACAUCAAGACCAACCAAUGGCCUGGCCGCUCCGUCAUCGUGCAGAUGUUUGAGUGGAAGUGGCUGGACAUUGCAGACGAAUGUGAGAGGUUUCUAGGACCCAAAGGCUUUGGAGCUGUUCAGACCUCGCCAGCAUCAGAAAAUUUGGUCAUACAUCUCGAUGGUGGUAUAAGACCUUGGUAUGAACGCUACCAAGUGAUGUCGUACAAUCUGGUUACCCGAUCAGGGGAUGCAGCUGACUUUUUGAACAUGACUACUAGAUGCAACAAAGUUGGAGUCAGAGUGUACGUCGACGUUGUAUUCAACCAUAUGACAGGGGAUUAUGAAUCAAGUGUAGGGACCGGUGGGAGUACUGCUGACACAUAUACCUGGUCAUAUCCAGGAGUUCCUUACACAGAAGAACAUUUCCAUCACCCAGUCUGUGACAUUCAAGAUUAUAAUAAUGCUACGGAGGUCCGUGUUUGCCAGCUCUCAGGACUUAAAGAUUUGAAUCAAACAAUGCCUUACGUCCGGCAAAAGAUUAUCGACUACCUUAACAACCUAAUUGAUCUUGGUGCAGCUGGUAUCAGAGUGGACGCAGCCAAGCACAUGUGGCCAGAGGACUUGAAUGAGAUUUACAAACGUCUCAACAAUUUGAACAUGAAUCAUGGAUUCCGAAGGAACUCUAGACCUUACAUUUACCAGGAAGUGUCUAAAGAUGGAACAGUAAAAUUUGAAGAGUAUAAAGAUAUGGGAGACGUCACGGAAUUCAUUGCUGGAUCGGAAUUAGCGGUAAUUUUCAGUGGUCAAAAGCCUUUGAAAACUUUACAAUCGUGGGGAACAACAACACUGGAUAUGAUGCCCAGUGAGAAUGCAGUAGUAUUCGUUGACAACCACGAUACGCAGCGCAAUGGCUUCAUACUGACUUACAAAAAUGAAACUUUGUAUAAGGCUGCGAUAGCAUUUCUCCUAGCCCAUCCGUAUGGACAACCUCGAAUGACAAGCAGUUUCUAUUUCACCGAUUUUAAUCAAGGUCCACCGGCUGAUACUGAUGAAAAUAUUGUGUCUCCAGUUAUAAAUGAGGACCAAAUGUGUAAUGGAGGUUGGGUGUGUGAACAUCGAUGGGCGCCCGUAUACAGGAUGGUUGCAUUCAGAAACGAAGUCCAUAAUACUGCUGUCACAAACUGGUGGGAUAAUGCCAAAAAUCAGAUAGCAUUUGCUCGUGGGAAGAAAGGAUUCAUUGUAUUCAACACAGAGGGAACCGAGUUGAGUAGGGAGUUCCAGACUGGACUUCCAGCUGGUGUAUACUGUGACAUAGUAUCUGGUCAGAAGGAAGGAAGCGUUUGUACUGGGAAGAAUGUGACCGUGUCUAGUACUGGGACAGCAGUCAUCACAUUAUCUGGAACCGGAGAAGAACUGCAUCUUGCUAUACAUGUUGGAGAUGAGGUUAGUGCUAAAGCUAAAAUUAUAGUAGAAUUAUUCUUAAAAUAA